AUGCAGGUGCACUGGGUGCAGCAGCAGCACGAGCGGCGCCGGCGGAAGAGGGACUUCAGCUUCCCGUCCUUCAGCGACUACCCCGCCUUCUUCGGGCAGGCGGCCGAGGCCGAGAGCCUGCACCGGCCACAGUACCGGGGCAUCGGGCCGUCGCACCUCUUCCCCGACCCGCUCUUCAAGGAACAGUGGUAUUUGAACGGCGGUGCCAAGGAUGGCUUCGACAUGAACGUGGCUCCAGCCUGGCAGAAGGGAUACACUGGCAAAGGCGUGGUUGUUUCCAUCUUGGACGACGGCAUCCAGACCAACCACCCCGACCUCGCUCUCAACUACUCUUCCCUUCUCUGCGAAGCCGCAUUGGCAGCACCUGUUUCAUUUGCUUCAUCGCUAUCGUCCUUGGCCUCCUUCAGAGACGUCAUCGCCGCAGUCGCCUUCGCCUUCGCCUUCGCCUUCGCCUUCGCCUUCGCCUUCGCCUACGACGCCGCCGCCGCUUGGGCGGACGGGCGCGCCUGA